CAAAACCAAAAUCCUGGACUGGAUGCCAGUUCCCUGCUGGGCAGCACACAUGCAUUACAGGUAAAUCAGAGAUGCCCUGAUUGCAUUUCGCUGGACUGCAGACACUGCAGGAACCGCACACAGAACAGGGGUGGGACUCGAAAUAUCAACCAACCAAGGUGUUUAUAUACAGUGCUGUGCAAAAGUCUUGGGCAGUGACAGAAAAUGUUUUAACAAUUUACAUUAUAUACAAAUUAGGAGCAACAACAAACAAGAAAUUCUUCUGUUCUCCAAAACGUUACUGAUACCUUGUGGGACAGCUAGUUGAACCAUUCCUAGUUGAACAUGCCAUUUCAUGUGUUUAUUAAAUUUCAGCACCAGCUUGUUUAAUUAAUUCAUUAAAUUUAGUUAAGAAAGUAAAUGAGGUAUUGAUAAGCCAUAUAAGGUGGGGUAGUGGUGAAGUCAAAAAAAUACCCGGGGGGGGGGCAUUGAAUGGUUGCUGCCCAUCUUGGGUUGAUUUUAGGAGAGGUUUUGAAAUGGCUAAGCUGGCACACUUUGACGGACAGUUGUGUCCAUCAGGAAUUUAUCUUUUUAAUAAGAUCAGCAGUGAAACAGAAUUGCCUUGAUGAACAAAUAAGAAAAUAAUACCGUACAUUCCAACCGUGAAAUAUGUAUAGUCUGAAAAGAUAACAACAGCUAUAAUUAAUUUUGCAAAACCAUUCAGUAUAACUUGGAGUAUAACUUAAGAAUAGUUAAGAGUUGGCCACGCAAAAUAGAUGCGUUUUGGUGGGGAAAAAAAAUGUGGCUCCUAUUGCUCUGACUGCACGAACAACGUCCAUCCACAGGUUUCAUUUGGAAACUUCAAACUGGAAGCCAAUGAAUUACUUGGGACGCCAGAGACUGAUGGGCUCUCGGGAAGAAAGACGCUGGGAUGAGGGUCGGGCAGAGGAGCCUCUGGAAGUUGACUCAGAGCAACGGACUGCGAAAGGGGGCGUGCGGGCGUGCUGGCAGCGGUUCAGGCGGCUCCACAGGACACCUAAAGGGGGACUUGCUAAUUUCAGCAAGUGUGAGGCUGUGUGUAGAAGCGAUCUCACUUCGGUCACUUGCUCGCAACAUGGCGAAGAAGCGUAAAGAGGAAGCGCAGCUCUCUCCGGGAUCGUUAUUCAUUUUCUGAUAUGCAUCAGCACUCGGCGUGGGGAUAAUCAAACGGCUUUUAGCCCAUAGGGCGGCCGGCAGAUUGAUCUGCACCAUCCACCUGCGGUUUGCCCUAAAUGCACAUGAUGCAUAUGCUUUAAUCAUCUGCUAUCUGCAUAACUUACAAUGCCGAUGAUACCUGUCCUGGAAAAGAGAAGCGGGACUUCCAUUGCGAUGAGGAGCAUCUGUCUGCUGUGGCUGCUUUCGCUGGACUUCUGUGGUCAGCCUGUCCAAGCGAGGCCGGUGUCACUGGAACUCAGCUGCGGGGUGGGGCCCGUCCACGCGGUGCUGGAGCCAGGGCGCCCCCUACUGCUGGACUGCCACCAGGGGGCCACUGACAUGCCCCGGAACGUCAGCUGGCUGCAGGGUGGGGCAUUUGUACGGGAUACGGAGGCGGUGAACGUUCUGGCCAAUGGCUCGCUGCUGGUUCGCCCCGACAGAGGGCCAGCCGCCGAAGGAGACUACAGCUGCGUGUCGGCCGGGGCCUUUGGGGCCCUCACCAGUCGCACGCUCGCCCUGCGCCUCAGCGGUCUCUCCCGCUUCCAUCAGCACCCGCGCUCUCAGACGGUGCCCAUGGGUGGCCUGGCGCGCUUCCAAUGCCAGGUGGACGGCCUGCCCGUGCCCAGCAUCACCUGGGAGAGGGACGAAGGCCCCCUGCCCCUUCUGCCAAGGUACACCACCCUGCCCAAUGGCGUGCUGCAGAUUUCAGGGGUGCAGGAGGAGGACGCGGGUUCCUAUCGCUGUGUGGCCUCCAGUGCAGCCAACAGGCGUCUCAGCCGGAAUGCAACCCUCACCGUAACACCAGGCCACAUCCCUUCUCUAGAGGAGGUGCUGAUUGCAGUCCCACCCCAGAACACCACAGUAGUAUUGGGUCGUACCACUGUCAUGGAGUGUAUGGCACAGGGACAGCCCAAACCAUUUGUUUCCUGGAGCCGGAUGGAUGCCAGACCAAUUUCCACAGACGUGGUGGUUCUACAGACGAACCUGGUGAUCCCAGACACCAGGAGCCACCAUGCUGGCAUCUACGUGUGCAGAGCCAACCGGCCCAAGACACGGCAGUUUGUCCUGGCAGCAGCCGAGCUGCGUGUGCUGGCUCCUCCCAUCAUCCUUCGGCCUCCAGACACCGUGUCCCUGUCCCGGGGCAACACGGCACGAUUCGUGUGUAAUGCCUCUGGUGAGCCGGCCCCCAGCCUGCGCUGGUUCCAGAAUGGUGCUCCGGUGCAGCCCAACGGCCGCGUGAAGAGCCCGGCUCCUGGCGUUCUGCUUGUUAGCCAGCUGGGCGUGGCUGACGCUGGCUACUACCAAUGCCUUGCCUCCAACAGCCUGGGCACCGCCUGCGCUACGGCCAAGCUGUCUGUCGUGGUGCGCGAGGGUCUGCCUAGCCCCCCCCGACUGCUGACGGUCACAGCGCACUCCAGCAGCACCGCCCUCCUCAGCUGGCAGCGACCAGAGCACAACAGCGAGCAAAUCAUCGGCUUCUCUGUGCACUACCAGCAGAAUGAAGGGCCAGACAUCAGAGAAUACCAGUUCGCUGUGAACAACGACACCACGGAAUUCUAUGUGAAGGAGCUGCUGCCUCACACAGCCUACACCUUUUAUGUGGUGGCGUACUCACCCUUGGGAGCCAGCCGCCCAUCGUUGCCCGUUACCGUGACUAUGCUGGAAGAUGUGCCAGUCGCUCCCCCGCCGCUAUCCCUGCUCAGCACCUCCCCCACAGACAUCCACGUCAUGUGGCUCCCCCUCUCCCCUGAGCUCAGUCGUGGGACCAUCACUCGCUACCGUGUCGACUACUGUGCCAUGGACAAGGCUCACCUGGUGUCCUCUGUGGAAGUGGCAGCGAAUGAGACCCAGGUCACCCUGAGAGGCCUGAACCCUGGGCAGAUGUACCGGCUCCGUGUGGUGGCCAGAACCAGGGCCGGGUACGGCCCGCCGCCCGAGUGGACCCUGCACUGCACUCCGGACCUCUUCAACUACAGCACCGUCUUCCACGCCCCCACUGGGCUGAAAGUCCGAGCCAAGGCCUCCUCCCUGGACGUGACCUGGCAGCCGUCACCCAACCACACCCGCGUCUCCGGCUAUCGGCUCUACUGCCGGGAGGUUCUGUCGGACGCAAAGGACACCAUGUCCGUCGAGCUGAGGAAGACGGUCCACCGCUAUGAGAUCAGGGAGCUGGCCCCAGGCCAGCUCUAUGAGGUCAGAGUGCAGGCCUACAGCGAGCGGCGAGACGGGUACGCUGCUGUGUGGAGGGGCCGGACGCAGAGGGAGCCGGCAGCUAGCGGAGGUCCUCCACCGGACGCCUUCCCACCCCCCCCACCCAGCAGCAUCCGGGCCUCUGCCAAUAGCUCCACCUCCAUCUGGCUGCGCUGGGACCGGCCGCGGGCAGGCGGCUCGCCGGAGGUGCAGCACUACACAGUGCGCUGCAGCCCCGUGGGCCUCCGCAACGCCUCACUUGUCUCCUACUUCACUAGCACUACACAGGAAAUUCUGCUGGAUGCCCUGAGACCAUCUACACGGUAUGAGAUGGCGGUACAGUCCAAUGGCCUUGAAGAGGGAGGACCCUUCAGCGGCACUGUGGAGGAGUCCACGCUCCCCGACAGACCCUCCACUCCCCCUGCGGAGCUGCAGCUCAGCGCCUUGGACUCCUCCACAGUGCUGGUCAGCUGGCGCCCCCCCGUGGAGCCCAAUGGCAUCAUCGUGGAGUACAGGAUCCUAUACAGCAGCAGUAGCACCCAGCCUGAGCACCUGUGGAGCUCCCUGUCCCUUGACGGCAGCACCAUCAGCACAGAGGUUCAGAAGCUCCUCGGCGACACCCGCUACUACUUCAAGAUGGCGGCAUUGACGGUGGUGGGGGCGGGGCCCUACUCCCCCAUAAAGGACGUGCACACGCCCCCUGCGGGACACGAGCUGGACGUUCCCACGGUAACGGGCAUCCUGCUGGGCGUGUCUCUGGGCCUGCUAUGCAUCAUCCUGUGUGUGUGCUUCAGCCUCCGCGGGCACCGCACCCGGAAGAUGCUGGGGGGGGUGGACUCCUCCCCUCUGGCUCUGCGGUACCCCCAAAGCCAGCCGGCCCCUCACGAGCUGGAGACACUCAUGUCUGCGGGAGCCAAGGACCCAGCCAUAACUGCCGGGCCACAAAGUCUUGUGGGUCAUGAUGUACACAGGGAAGGCCUGGUGCAGGACUCUCUGUCCUCUGAGCGGGAGGAGAAGAGGGGGGUGAAUCUCCCCACCAGCAGCGCGCAGGUGGACGCAGAGGUGAUCAUUCACAGGAUGCCAGAGUCCCAGGGCAGGCUGGAGGCUGACGUCGAAACUGAAGCUUCCUUGGAUUGCAAACUGAGCCCCGGUGGAAGCGAAACCCCGCCCACACCGGCCAGCCCCGUCGAUCUGAAGCUGGGCCCAGAUCCCCUGGCAGUGCAGCCUCCUGACCCCUCCCCGGCAGAGAUGACAGGGAGUCACGCCGGGCAUCACCAGGGCGGGGGAUGCUGGAAACGGCACUCUCCCAGCUUUUACAGGGCGAGACUCGGCGACGGCUUCCGUUCGUUGACGCCCCUACAAAACGGAAGCUCUCUGCCACAGGAGCGUGGACGUUUCCCUCCCAGGGGGGGCUUAUCCGCACAAGCGUCCUCACCCUCCUCUCCCACACCAAGCUCCGGCCUGGUCCCUGCUUUUGCGGCCUCACACAGCUACCCUUAGCCAGAGCCGGACCAAGGACAGUGGGGACCCCCCCCCAACUGGCAGACCCAGAGCCCCUGUCAGUCUGAAGCAGGGACCCGCUUUGCCGUUCCUUCUGGCAGUCACACAGAUGGCCUUUUGAUCCAACUGUUGUCCUUGGUAGAUAAUUAUUCAAAUUUCACCAUGAAAACUGGGGCCUGUAUCACCAAGCAGGAUUUCUUGCUUAGCCGGAUAACAUGUCAGAUUUAAGGUAGUCUGGGUUGAUGAUGGUGAUGAUUACACUUUAUUGAUCCCCGUGAGGGAAAUUCUC